GGUAUGAGUAUGCCGUCUUUAGCUUUCUUGAGCCCUACUUUCAGAAAAACUUCUUCCACGGCUCGGCGGUGUCCACCUGGCUGGGCUUCGCCUGCACCUUUGUGGCGCGACCCUUUGGCGGGCUGGUCUUGGGCGUGGUGGGCGACAUCUUCGGCCGAAAGGCUUCGACAUUCUUGUCGAUCUUCGGCAUGAUGGUUGGCACCGUGGGUCAAGGCUUGUUGCCCACAUACCAAAAUGGCGACGUGUCGGGCACCAUCGGCUUGACUUUGUUGGUCUUGCUGCGAUUGCUGCAGGGCAUAUGCACAGGUGGUGAGAUCGCAGCCGUGUCCACCUACAUCACAGAGGUGGGGUCCAAAGACGCACUGGCACGGUCGAUGAUGUUGAUUGGAAUCACCGCCAGCAUCGGCUUUCUCUUGGCACAAUCUGCGAGUUAUGGCUUGGAGCUGCUGGGUCAGGAACGAAUGGAGAGUUGGGGAUGGCGGCUGCCAUUCUUGAUCACGGCCAUCCCUGGAAUCAUUGCCACCGUGGGCCGGCGCUGCAUGCCCGAGUCAGCGGAGUUCUUGGAGGGGCGAGCUCGGGCGUCUGAAGCUUGUGAGUCG